AUGGAGACGGGACCCCAGGCGGGGCCAUCCCCGUGCUCCACUGCAUCCCACCCGCCCGCGGUGGAGGAUGACUUCCAGUUCGUCCUCUGCGAGGGCUGCCGGCAGGAAUCGCCCAACCUCAAGCUCCUCACCUGCCUCCACACCUUGUGCCUCGAGUGCCUGAGCGAGAACAAGCCCGUUGGGCAGUGCCCCGUGUGCCGGACGGCCAUCCCGCAGGCCAGCGGCAUCCCCGACAUGGACAAUCUGCUCUUCAGCAACCUGCAGGCCAGGCUCAACAUCUACAAGAAGAUCAGCAACAGCGGUGGCCCGAGCUGCAGCCGGUGCCGGGGGGAAGCGGUGGCGGUGUGGUGCUCCGAGUGCGAGGAGUUCCUCUGCACCAAGUGCUUCGACGACCACCAGUGGUUCUUCAAGAAGAGGAGCCAUGAGGCCAGGAGGGUGGAGGACCUUCGCGCUGAGUCAGCCCAUCGGUUCCUGGAAGACACCAGAAAGUCCUGCAACCUCUUUUGCUCCAGUCCCAGUCAUGCCAACCAGGGCCACAUCUCCAGCAUCUACUGCAAGAAGUGCGAGAAGGCGCUGUGCUGCUCGUGCGCGCUGCUGGACAGCCAGCACGCCCCGUUCUGCGAUGUCCGCAGCGAGACCCGGCGCAGGCAGGAGGAGCUGGGCACCAUCAGCCGGGAGCUGAAGCAGAAGAGAAGCAUCUUCGAGGCCACCUUCACAGCGCUGCAGGACGAGGCGGCGCGGCUGGAGGAGGCGCAGCGGGAGAUGCGGGAGCUGAUCCGGCAGCGCGUGGAGCAGCUGGUGCGGCUGAUCCGUCGGGAGGAAGAGGAGCUGCUGGGGCUGGUGGAGGCGCGGCAGGAGCAGGGCCGCCGGGAGCUGGCGAGGGAGCUGCAGAGCAUGGAGGGGGGGCUGCGGCGGGCGGGGGGCGGCGGGCGGGGGCGCUGGUGGAGCGCGUCACCGGGCACCCAGCCUCUGCUGGUGCGGUGGGCACCCUCCGAUCUCUCCCAAGGACGGGAUGCAGCUACCAAUUCCCAAGCUGUCCCCAUGGUCGAGGUGGCGCUGGAGAACGACCUGCAAGAGGAGCCAGUCCAGCCCGAGAGCCAGAGCAUCUUGCCCACCUUCACCAUCAACCUGGAGGAGAUGCAGAUAGGCCCGGCUCUCCCCGUCACCGCAUGGCCCAGGCGGAGGUCACACAGCACGGAAAGCGACAGCCAGGUCUCACCCAAGAUACUGAAGCUGGAGUGCAACACACCGAUCCCCAGCGACCCCAGUUCAAACCAGUGCGAUGACAGAGGGGGGCCCAGCACCUCCGCACCGCGCCAGAACUGCAGCAGCAUCCUUGCCACCAGCAGCCACGCUAAUGAUGCAGAAGACACCAGCAUCAUCAUCUGCAGCUCGGAGGACAGCGAGGAAGACACACCGGCUUCCAGCAAGCCCAAGGACAUCAAGCAACCCUCCAGCCCCACGUGGUCUGGGAGCGGCACCUCACCCCACCACAGCCCUAGCCCCACCAGCCCCUGGGAUGACGAGUCGGAGCAGAGCACCUUGGUGUUCCUCAGCUUGAAGGUUGACCAGAAAACCCAGCACAUCAUGGAGGUGGCAGCAGCCAACGGAGAGCACACCUUGAAGACGCUGAUUCAGACGCCCGAGUCGGUGCUGGCGCUGCUCUCAGAGGGUGUCCCCAUGGAGGUGGCAAUACAGCACCUCCUCUGGUACCUCUCCCCGCUCCCCAGGCCCAUCCUCAUCGUCUAUAACUUCUGGGCACCGGAGCUACCCACUCUCCUUAAAGCCCUGGAUACCACUGGCAGGAAAGUGGACUUCUGCCAUAUGGUGGGUGGUUACGUGGAUAUGUUGUCCUUGAUCAAAGAAAAGCUGCCCAAGGCCCCUGCCUACAAGCUGAAGAACCUGCUGAGAAGGCAUCUGCAGCAGCAGCUCAACCAGGGCAGCGCGCUGGCCAUGGCCAAGGCCUUGCAGGAACUUUGGGGAGCCCUUGAGCUCCCUGCCCAUGCUGACGCGGGGAUGACGCUCACCCACUGCAACCUGCAGAGCUACACCGUCCUGCAGUCCCUGGUGCAGGAGAAGCUGCUCACCAGGAAAGCGGCCAAGAUCCUGGCCCGGCGAAACCUCAUCCUCUGGGAGCUGGAAGAGGUGUGA